AUGGCAACCCUAGCAGUCCUGGUCUUAUUUGCAUCCCUCGGCGCCGUGACUGCUCAAUACAGCUCACCCGCACCCGCCGCAACACCGGCAGUGCCAAGCUUAGACCCUACGCCUGCUGCCGCCCCGGUGCCAAGCCCGAAAGGUGCUUUUCCAAGCUACAUUUCUCCCGUUGCUACCCCAACACCAAGCCCACCGAGCACGGCUACACCUACUCCAGCGAGUCCGACCUCUUCUCCAUAUGCAGGACUGAGGCUCGGCUUCUACAUGCGCUCUUGCCCACAAGCAGAAAACAUCAUCAGGGAGGCCGUCAGAAGUGCCACGUCCAAGAACCCCGGCAUCGGUGCAGGGUUAAUUCGAUUGCACUUCCACGAUUGCUUCGUCCAGGGUUGUGAUGCCUCCGUCCUCCUUGACCCGACACCUGCUAACCCACAGCCGGAGAAACUCAGCCCUCCCAACUUCCCCAGCUUGCGCGGCUUCGAAGUGAUCGACUUAGCCAAGGAGGCACUUGAGAAGGUCUGCCCCGGCAGGGUCUCAUGUGCCGACAUCGUUGCCUUUGCUGCUAGAGAUGCAGCCUUCUUCCUCAGUCGCGCAAGGAUCAAUUUCCAGAUGCCGGCUGGACGCCUCGAUGGUCGUGUGUCUCUCUCCAGCGAGGCACUUCAAUUCCUCCCGCCGCCAUUCUUCAACCUCUCGCAGCUCAUCACCAACUUCAAGGCCAAGAACCUGGAUGAGGACGACCUUGUGGUUCUCUCUGGCGCACACACCAUUGGUGUCUCCCACUGUUCGUCCUUCACUGGGUUUCUCGCCCCAAACCCUCCCGCCAUGGAACCGGCCUUCGCUGCCCAGUUGAAGAGAAAGUGCAACGUAUCCAAUGACCCCACGGUGAUGCAAGAUAUCGCGACACCAGACCAGCUGGACAGCCGGUACUACACGAAUAUUCUCAAGCGCAACGUGCUCUUCGCCUCUGAUGCGGCGCUAAUGUCGUCCCAGCGGACGUCAAUAAAGGUGCUGGAGAACGCGUUUAUACCCAGCAGGUGGGAGAUGAAGUUUGCCAGGGCGAUGGUGAAGAUGGCCGCCAUAGAGCUCAAGACUGCAGCCAAUGGGGAGAUCAGGAGGAUGUGCAGGGUCAUUAACAAUUAG